AGAAAGUGGUUGGGGAGAAUUUGAAACACAGAUAACAAUUUUCUUUUGUGAUCCAAAUGAAAAACCGGUAUUUAUUUUUUUUUUAAAACAAAUAAAAGUUAGAUAAUAGUGAGCUAAAUCGAUCACUUUUAGUCUCGAAUUUGAUUAUAGUGAAAUGCUGACCUCAGGUGUGCACUGGCUCCAGUAACUGAACCCCAGUCGGACUGGGACUGGUGCAUACUUAGUCUAGACUAGAAUAUAUUAUCGAAAAAUACGAUAUGAUUUUCUAGGUAUGUCAAUGAGCUAAUAUUUCAUCUAUUCUGUAUGUUUAUCUUUUCGAUAAUUUUGUUGUUUAAGUGACAAAAAAAACAACAAGGGAUUGAUUGUAUUAUCAAAAUUGUAUGAGAAAAUUAUUAUAUUGACCGUUACUCAAUAGUUAUUAUAUAAAUAUAAGAUUUGACUAAAGUUUUAUAUAAUCAUAAAGGAAUAUUAUUUAUUUUAGGUGACAUUCUAUUAUCAUUUAAAAUUAUUUUCAACUGAUCCAGAAGUUGUAGUUGGUAAAAAACCAUUAGUUAAUGAAUAUUAUGAUGAAUUGAUUUUUCAAGAACCAUCUGAUUUAUUAGUUCAAUUACUUAAUUCUACAAAAUCACUUGCAGAUGAAAAUCGAACUAUUGAAAAAGAAUAUGCUAUAAAAAAAACAUCUACAAUAGAACAUAUUAAAAAUGUUCGUCAACGAAUACGAAAUGAAAUUCAAGAUUUAACUGAACGACUUCAUAUAACUCAAGAAAAUAUUAAACGUGUUCGACAACGAUCAAUUGAUAAUAAUUUUUCUUCGAAUAUAUUUAUAUCAUCAACACAAGACAAUAUAAAACAUCAAAUUGAAGAUUAA